GGCGGGCGCAUCUGCCUCUGUUUCCAUCCGCCCUCUACUCCUUUGUCUCCUCAACCAUCCGUCCUUCUCUCAUCACCAACCCCAUCUCGAUACGCAAAGUGAAGGCGAGUGGGCUGGCUGGCCACUCGACCUCUCUGUCCUCAUCCCGUCAUCCCUACAUUUCGAAGAAGGCCCCGUUAUCCCCGACUUCAUCCCAACAGCUACGCCCCCCCCUUUUCGAAAGUCCAGCCCGCCACCUAAAGAUCGAUUCUCCAUCGCCUUUCUACUCGACGACUAGCCAAGCGUCAUCAACUGCACAAAUCAGAACAUCUGCACAUUCACAAUAUCAGACAUCCUCCUCACACACAGGGCAACAAGAGCUCCUUCUGGCCCGUCUUUGUCUUCGCCUCUCAUAGUGUUGCAACGUGCAUACAAGCUUCACCCUCUCAACGCUCAGGAUGUACCAAAGCGAGUUUGGGAGACGAUUGAGGGAUCAGUCUGGCGCAGCCAAGCCAAGCGGCAGCGCAAGCUCUCCUAAUGGCAGGCACUCACCCACAAAGAGAUUCUCUCGCAAUGUUGAUGGUAGCCAGGCUGCACCCAGAACAGAGUCUCUCGCUGAGCUGCUGAGCGGAGGCGGCCCUUCUUCGAGCUCUUCCUCUUCACUCCAUGACGAAUCACCGCGACGUGGGGCCACGGGCGUCAACGGUAGCUCUAGCAGUAGGCAUCAGCUAGACUCUCCCCGCACACCGAGCAAGCGCAACAAGCAAGUGCAAGCCGACCGCUAUGUACCAUUGCGCGAAGGCUCAGAAGCACAGGUGGCGGCAUUCCAGCUCAUGGAGACCGAGGCCAGCACGCCGGGCCGUCACAAGCGUAAGAUGGCGCCAGACAUGGAUGCGACGAAGGAGGAGGCGAACGAGACUUUCAAUACGCUUCUGAGCACAGAGAUAUUCGGUACGGCCGCAGCACAGUCACCUCAACAUUACAGCGCAUCCCCCUCGAGCAGCGCAGGCGCAGCAAGCUCGAGCUCGCGAGCAUCAUAUACCGCCCCGAGUACACCCACUAAGCGCAACUUGCUCGCAUUCAGCUCGCCCUCAUCUUCACGUUCGAGGUCAUUGGGAGGCAGUGGAGGAAGCAGCGGCAGCAGGCGGGGAGUAGGCGACGAUACGAUGAGAGUGGGCUCGAAUACUACGCCUAGAAGGAGAGGCAGCGGCAGUGGCGGCAGCGGCAGCGGCGGUGGGAGCGGAAGCCUCUUUGCUGGCAAGAAGGCGGGCGUCAACGGCUCCAGCGAGACGCUCAACUCACCAACACAUCGAGGCUACGAUACGAGUCCGGUUAGGCUCGAGUCGCAGCGCAUGCUCCUCAGCCCCAGACGGCCAGCGAGAACGGUGAGCAAGGUACCCUUCAAGGUCCUGGACGCCCCAGACCUCGCAGAUGAUUUCUACCUCAAUCUCGUCGACUGGUCCUCCAACAACACCCUUGGCGUUGGGCUAGGCAAGUCCGUCUACCUCUGGUCGGCGAAAGACUCCAUGGUGCAGAAGCUCGUCGACUAUGAGCCUGCGGAGGACAAGGUCACCUCGCUCAGCUGGGCAGGCAGAGGCAACCACAUCGCCGUCGGUACAGCAAAUGGACUCGUCCAGAUCUACGACGCAGAGAAGCUCAAGCUACUUCGCACCAUGCGCGGUCACACCUCUCGCGUUGGGUCCCUAGCAUGGAAUGAGCACAUCCUCACCUCUGGCUCGCGCGACCGCCUCAUAUACCAUCGCGACGUCCGUGUCCCUGAGCAGCAUAUUCGAGAGCUUCGCGGCCAUAAGCAAGAAGUAUGCGGUCUCAAGUGGAACACGGAGACGAAUCAGCUUGCUAGCGGAGGGAAUGACAACAAGCUCUUCGUCUGGGACUCUCUCAACGCUACGCCCCUGCACCGCUUCAGCGAGCACACGGCUGCCGUCAAGGCUAUCGCGUGGUCUCCUCACCAACAUGGCUUGCUCGCCUCGGGUGGCGGUACGGCAGACAUGAAGAUUCGCUACUGGAACACAACGAACGGCUCUCUCCUCUCCGAGGUGGACACGGGCUCGCAGGUCUGCAACCUCAUGUGGUCACGCACGGCCAACGAGGUGGUAUCCACGCACGGCUACUCGGCGGGCAAAGUGCAGAACCAGAUUCAAGUCUGGCGCUACCCUGGUAUGCAACAGAUCGCCACUUUGACGGGCCACACGAUGCGUGUCCUCUACUUGGCGAUGAGCCCCGAUGGGGAGACCAUAGUCACAGGAGCAGGGGAUGAGACGUUGAGAUUCUGGGAUCUUAACACGCCCGCGGCGAGUAAGCGGAAAGAAGGCCUGGCUCAGAGUAGCGUGUUGAGCCCGUUUGCCAAGUUGCGGUAAAGGAAGGUGCGGUUGGCCACAAGUUGAUACCCCUACCAGUGCCCAUCACCUCGUCGAGUCGUUUGUACCGGCUCGUGCGGAUCCUACGCCGCUUUCCCUUCCUAUAUCUCGCUCCCUGUCUUCCCAACCCGUUUUCUCGUCACUCGCGUUGUCUUUUGCACAUCUGUACUCUUUCUCUUCUGCACUCAAUACGCCAUUCUUCAGACUCAUCGU